UGUUCGUAUAAAGUAUUGUAUUUUAGGCUUUAGGCGAUUACAGUUAAACACUUAAAAUGCCACCCAAAAAGAAAAAGGGUAAAAAAGGCAAGAAAGGAAAAAAAGGGAAGAAAAAGGAUGAACAGAAAGAAGAGGACAAAUACAAGAAAACUGUUCGAGAAAUAUCUAUUUUGAAAGACCACUUGGCCCAUAGAAAUGAGAUUGCCCGAAGAUCAGAAGCUCAUGCAACCGAUGCAAAAGAUCAACUUCAGAAAGUGGUUACAAAGCUCGAUGCUCAGAAAGAAGAACAAAAAGACAUCAGUGCCGAUCUGACGAGGCAAUACAAGACGAUGCAAACUGAACUUGGGAUAAGCGUCCAUCAGUUGGAAGCUGAGGUUGGCCACCUGAGGCAGCAACUAUCUCAUUGCCAAAUUGAGCUUGAACGAACGAAAAGUGAGAAAGAAAAAAUGGAAAAGGAAAAGAAUCAAAAAAUUAUUGAACUGGAGACAAAGAUAGAUGGAAUGGAGGGAGCUUAUGAAAGAGUCCUCACUGAGUCCCUGGAUUCACUCAUUGGAAAGAUAGACACAACGAAGAGCAAAUGGGAAGACCAGAGCAUCCACAUCCAGGAGCAAAAUAAGAAGAUGUUGUUGGAGUUUGGGCUCAAUCAUCUUGAUAUAUGAUGCUUUUGCACACGGCACACAAUUUUGCUCAUGGCAUUUGCACACAGCAUGUAUUUUCAACUUAACAAUUAUGACAUUUAAUCUUUAUGACAUCAUUUUUAUAUCGUUUAGGUUUGAAAGUCACAUAUUCUUUUAAGUUUAAGAUUAUUUUCUGACUGUCCACUGGUAUGCUAAAAUAUCUUUAUGGUCUUUUUAUCACUGGCUACUUUUUUACAAUGUCAAAUUAACUUGAAUGUAUUACCUGACUGUUUUUUUACUAAUUCAUUGCCUGAUAAUGUUAUUGUUUACCUGAUUUAUACACCUGUACUUUACCAUAACAUUGCAUUCUACCUAAUAUGGGCAUAUGACGUCAGCGCUACUGUGACAUCACACUGUGGGUUAUCAAUAAACAAACUGAGGUAUUACA